CCAGACUUGAACCGACCACCACCAGGACGCCUGUCAGACUCGGGCUGCCUGAAGAGGGCUGAGGAUUGGUCAACUCGUUCACUUCACGGCCUCGCCAUGAUGAUGUCCCACCAGCCCUCUCACCCUCAGCGAGCGACCCCACAUUGAUGCUCUCGCUACAAUUUCGGCAGAUCGUGGGGCACAUUUUUUCGUGUGUUGGAUGAUCGCAAUCGACCAGAUCUUGCACGCAACGGAAUCAGGACCGCGGGUGCUGACAGAUACCUCUUCCUCACGAUCCACCAACACCUCCGACUUUGAUUCAACCGGCCAGCCCAGGAAACCCGUGGGGGAAAGCCCGACAACGAUGCGAUCGUGGCGAGCGGGCGAAGAGGCGGAGCUUUUAUGAUGAUGCACUGGAGUCUGCGGACUGCGGGGACGGUCUUGGACGGUCAAAUUCGUACGAGGCGAGGAGGUGCAGGAUGUGCCACACGCACCACACCACAAGGAGCUCGCUCUGGAUAUGCUCCAUUGGGCUUUGGGGAUCAGCGUCGUGGAUGGGGCUGCUCAGAACGACUUUCCCUUGGACAGGGCUCGAAUGGAUGAUGGCCUGGGCCCCCGUUGGCUUCCUCUUACCGUGCGGACUAUCUUCGCGGACACUGUGGGGUAGUUUUGGUUAAAUGGGAUGUUUGUGUCGUCGUGGCUCAGGUUGUUUUAAGUGGCCUCGCAACGGCUUCAGCGUCAUCUUUCUCAACGCUCUUCACUGCACUUAGAAAACCCAUAUACCCUCCAGUGUCCGAUAAAGCGUUCCUUCAUUGGACUUGACACAUAUUGGUAUUCAGCCAGUUGUUGCGUCGUUACUCUCUUCUCCCCUCGACAUCGACUGGGCACAGCCUCUACAAGCUUAUUCGUGCCUUCCCCCCAUUGCCGAUAUCAACACCAAAUUAAAUAGCAAGCCACCUGAACAAACAACUGCUUUUGACUUGACCGACCAUCCCCAUAUUACCGCCUUUAAACAACAGGGAGCCACAGAUUCGAAUCCAGCUGAAAGACACUCCCCACUCAUUCCCACUUUGAGACGUCGGUGACAGAAACUCCCAAAAAGGCCACAAUGAACAAACUCGAGGAGCUAAAGCAUAACAUCACUGAGGAGGCGUUGAAGAACGGCGACAAGCCAACAUCCACCAACGGUGCCAUAUCGCGCGGACCAAGCCCCAAUCGGGGCGCCUCCGUUCGCGAUGUCGACGCACAAGGCCCAGACGCGGAGAGCAAGCGUGAGUGGCAGAAGAAACGCGGCAUCGACCUCUCCAAGCAGGUCAGAAUCACAAAGUUGAGCCACAUGCGAUAUCAGCAUCCCGACCUGAACAAGAUCACGACGUUUCUGAGAGAUUUCGGUAUGCACGUGGUCAAGAAGGGCGAGAACGAGCGCUGGUUCCGUGGCUACGGCCCCGACCAAUACGUCUACUACGCCCGCCAAGGUCCCAAGAAGUUCCUGGGGGGUGCCUUUGAAGUCGAGUCCAAAGAAGAACUCGAAAAGGUGUUGAAGCUCCCUGGUGCCACAGUCCUCACGAACGGCAUCGAAGAGAUGACAGAUGCCCCCGGAGGCGGAUAUAUCGUCACGAUCGCCGAUCCAGAGGGCUUCAACGUGAGUUUUGUUUAUGGACAAGCAGAGAUCAAGGAGGAAAGGCAGAAGCCUGGUAAACUGCUGGUGAAUGAUGAGACGGAUAAGCCCAGAGCAAAGGCUUUCCAGAGAUUUGAGCCUGGACCGGCCGCUGUCCACAAGCUGGGCCAUUUCGGCAUCAACGUCGACAACUUCCCCGCUCAGAUGGACUGGUACACUCGCCACUUCAACAUCUACCCCAGCGACAUCCUUUACGUGCCCCAAGAUUCCAUCGACCCUGCCACCGGCAAGCCGGGACGCAAGGAAGUCGCCCUCUUCGGCUCCAUUGACCGCGGCCAGAAAUGUGUCGACCACCAUACCUUUUUCAUGACCACCACCGUUCCCGGCAAGGAGAAACACGUGCACCACUCCUCGUAUGAAGUGCACGACUUUGACACUCAGCUCCUGGGUCAUCAAUGGCUCGAAGAGAAGAAAUAUGAACCAGUCUGGGGCGUCGGGCGACAUAUUCUGGGGUCCCAGAUCUUCGACUACUGGUGGGACGUCACGGGGUUCAUGGUCGAGCAUUACGCUGAUGGGGAUCUCGUCAACGAGGACACGCCCAUCGGAUAUGGGCCCGCGGAGCACGAGGGACUGGCGGUCUGGGGACCCGAGGUGCCGCAGACGUUCUUGGAGUAGAAGGCGAAACAGAUAGAUUGUGCAACCAUUGAAGAGAGCAUGUGACCAGGAGAGAUUUCUGGUGAAGACGUGAAAAUUAGGGACUCGUGUCCAUGCAAUGCACCUGAGGGAACAACAGGAGGAUAGGAGGAAAAGGUGUGCCGACAGGUGGUGCUCAUGAAUAUAUGGUAGGUCUCGGGAGCCGACUCACUGAGACAUCGACCAAGCUCACAACCAGGCGUAUGUGGUCGCUGGGGACGUCCGACGGGGUACUACGGAAUUGCUUACGUUUGGCGAGAACAUGGUGUGCAUGGGUAGGUAGGUAUGCUGCUUGUGCUGUACUGUGAUGAAUCAUGCGGCGACAUGCUACAGACGAACGAAACAAGUUGAAUAAUAA